AUGCCUGAAGCAGCCAGCGUGAAAGCGCCCAAGAAGGGCUCCAAGAAAGCCGUCACCAAGACCCCCAGCAAGACCGGCAAGAAAAGGAGGAAGUCCAGGAAGGAGAGCUACGCCAUCUACGUGUACAAAGUGAUGAAGCAGGUGCACCCCGACACCGGCAUCUCCUCCAAGGCCAUGGGCAUCAUGAACUGCUUCGUGAGCGACAUCUUUGAGCGCAUCGCCGGGGAGGCCUCCCGUCUGGCUCACUACAACAAGCGCUCCACCAUCACCUCCAGGGAGAUCCAGACCGCCGUCCGCCUGCUGCUCCCCGGAGAGCUGGCCAAGCACGCCGUGUCUGAGGGCACCAAGGCCGUGACCAAGUACACCAGCUCCAAGUAAACCCUGCUGCUGAUGGACCAACAACACAACGGCUCUUUUAAGAGCCACCCACUACUUCUACAGAUGUAUUCCUCGGUUUUGAAUAAGUUUACAACUUGAUGCAUAAUCCAAGGAUCCUAUUCUUAAAUCCCUUAAAUAUGAAAUGCAUUAUGUUUCUCACAUGUUGAUAGUUUACUGAG